AUGACGGGUGUGAGACAUAAUCUGUUGUUCGCUCCAAGACCUGUACUGUAUCGCGUUGUAUGUGAGGGUGUCUCUGAAAGCACUGCAGGCAAGCAUCCCCACCUCACCCCCACCUCCCCAACAAUCGACUUCAUCGCAGUGGUGACUCUCUGUCUUUCUGCUCUCUUCCAUGUCUUUGCGUCCUUUGAGCCAUGGGUACGUGAACCCCUCCUCCUAUCACACUUUUUCGCAUGUCCGUGUUACACCGUCAACUGGAGUGCGUCCCGCCCCUUGCUGCACUCGCAGCCACACACACACACACAUACACGGAGGCGAGGCUUCAUGAGGACAACUUCUCUCCGUGCCCGGGGCUCAUCGGGCCGACACUCGCACCCUCGCCUCUUUCCAGCGACCUUAAGUCUCUUCCUUCACCGCCCUUCAGCACCAUAUCCGGCUGUGCGAGCUGUCCGCGGCUCCUCGAUUACGCAGCAGGCAUGCGUGCCGCUUCUCUCACUGCACCGUCAACUCAGCAGUGACGAUGGCUGCCUUCUCCCUCCUACAGCUCCUGCGGCCGUGACCACGGUCGGUAGCCCCACAGGUGAAGACGAUGACGACCUGAAGAUGGACAUCUACCGUUCUCAGCUGACCCCGGAAGAUGCAGAACGGAAAGCGAAAACGGAUCUCUUUUUGUGCCUCAUUCUCACCCUCCCUCGCGAUCAGGACUGGAAAGAUAUGCUGACAGCCGCCUUCCGCGCCGGUACCUGGAAGCCUCACCACCUUAGUGCGGUGCUGCGUGGUGUGCAGCUCAACAAGUAUAAUGAGCCGGCUGUGUGUGCACUGAGCUGUGCAGGCGUCUGCGCCACCUCCUUGCCUUCCUCGCGCACAGCCGCACUUCGACACGCCAUCGCCGAAAUCGCCAAGACCGCCCCUGCGUCCUCGACACCAUCCACACGGCUGCAGCGCGCCAAGGACAUUUUGGCGUUUUGCGCCGACGAAGGCGGCGUGUACGCACCGCCAUCUGCUGAGGACUCCCUCGCCGACGUCUCUACAGCACCGCCGUCACCAGCCGAGGAGGAGACCAGUAGACGCUCUAAAGUUUUUGCGCCAUCGCCAGCGGAUGCUCACCACCUGCUUGUACUCCUCCUUAAGGCAGCGCAGCGAGGCGCCAGUGCGGCGUCGUCUCUUUCAAAGCCGAAUACCCCUACGCAGGCUGUGGCAUCCUUCCACGACGUGUGGAACUUCUUGGCCUGGAUGGAGCUGCACGGAUACCACAUACUCUCCAACGCUGUGCUGGACGCUCUGGAAGUCGUGGUAGACGAAGGCGGGAGUCAGGCCGGAGCUGGGGCUGCGGCGGGCCUGACAAGGGCCGCUGGCCCAUCAUCCGCGUCCUCGCCUUUACCUCUUCAAUACGCCAUGGUGUCUCAGCGCGUACACCGGUUGGACUAUCUGCGCGGCGAGCGUGCUCUGCUACAGGAGGCGGUGAAGAACGCUGAACAAGGCUCCAGCGGAGCAUCGAUGAGCACUGGAGCUGUUCGAGAGCGACGGCGGCGGCGAGAUGUUCCACGAACUGCUCCUGUGCAUACAGAGUAG